GCGAUUUGUAAAUAAGUGCUGUUGUAAGGACGCGGUGGUGACAAAAUUCGAGAGUUACAAUGAGGCCUUCGAUCCAUUUGGUAGUUGCGCUGACGAUUCUCGCGAAUCUCGCGGGUGCUAAAGUGCCUUCCGUAUUCGGAGUGUUCUUUUCGAACUCGAACAACAACGGGGAUUUGCAGGAGGACAACAGUGUGCCCCAAACGCUGGCGGCUCAUGCUGAGAAACAGGAUUACAAAGUGAUCGAGGAUGAUUUCGCUAAACUCAGGAUCGAAUACAUCAAGAACCAAAUACUGAAGAAACUGAGGCUCAAGGAAAAACCUACCAUAACUCCAUCGGAAUUGCCCAAGCCAAUUAAGGAAUACGAAAAUUUGUUGCCUACACAUGAUAUGGGUAUACAAUCCUAUUCUGAUGAUUUUUAUGGGAAAACUACUCAAGCUAUUAUAUUUCCUUAUGAAGACGAGGCCCGUUGUUCGAGGACCAUACGAUUUCCUUCGGCCUGCCUGCCCUUUCAAAUGCCCAAUGACAUUCACACAACCGAUGUCGCCAUCGCGGAAUUGUGGAUUCACAAAGAAAAAGACGAUUUAGACGAACACAAUCAAACGUUCGUUAUAUACGAAGUAACGCAUUGGGAUACGAAGAAAAGCUUCCAGAAGACAACGCCUAUUGCCAUCCAAGAAACGAGCUUAUCCGAAGGAUGGUUGAAAAUAGACGUAACUUACGUCGCCAAAAAUUGGCUAGAUUUUCAAGAUUCGCGAGUUCACGCCAUAAACAUUGUGUGCAAAACGUGCGGAAUGGAUAAAACUAAAAAUCCUAUAUCGUUUACCAACUCUUUGAAGCCUUUUUUGGUGAUUUACACGCAUACGCAGCAAAGAAGAACCCUGUCUCAUCGAAGACACAAGCGAUCGGCAAAUUGCGAGCCGGGCCUAAACGAAUGUUGUCGGGAGAACUUUUACGUUUCUUUCGCUGAAAUCGGUUGGGACGAUUGGAUCAUCAAACCGGAGGGAUACAAUGCUUAUUUCUGCAAAGGAUCGUGCACCACGUCAUCGGCCAUCACGCUCAGCGCCAGCCAACAUAACACCAUUCUCCAGAAAGUUAUGAACGGACACAAAAGAAACAGAGUGGUGGGGCCUGAAAUAACGCCAUGUUGCACGGCUAUUCAAUUCCAGAAUCUCCAGCUGUUUUACAUGCAGAGCAACAAAACGUUAACGACGAAAUUGUUAUCGAAUAUGAUAGUGGACAGUUGCGGGUGCAUGUAACUCAUGAAUUUUAGGAAUUUCGAUUUUUAACAGUAUUGUGACUCUAGUGAUAUCUGUUUAUCCCAGUGAAACUAAGUAAAUGAACUGUUAGGCAUGCGAGCGCGGGACAUUCACUUAGUACAUGAGUAAAAAUUGAGUUCAGCUUUUUGAUUAAGAUUGAUAUUUAAUAUUUAAAUAUCCUUGAUAUGUUUGUGAUAAAAAUUUGUAAGAAACAAAAUGAUGCAAUACUAUCUAGGCUUAGAAUCAUAGUGGACUUUCAUAUUAAGGUUCAGGGGUACGUUUAUAGAUUGAGGGCAGUGUACCAAUUAUCCUUGAUUAUAUUGUAAAAAUUUUGAGUGUUUUCAGAAAAACUGUAACUCAGGGAAUUUCGGGUAUGUGAAGUCGUUACUUUAUGUGCUGCAAGAACUUUCGAUAACAAGAAAGCAUAUUAAUUUAAUGUGUGAACGAUUUGAACGGAUCGAAUACCACCUAAAUGUAUAAAUAACACUUUCAAUUUUUAAAUUUUAUAUUGCAAAUUAAAUUUAUUUUAAUGAGGGUGAUAUUAAGUUAUAUUAUUUCAACAUUUUUGUGGUUAAAUUAAAAAUGUGUUCUAUUAACAGUGAG